UUGCAUGAAUGUGUGGCCAAGCGUUUGCAAGUCUGUGCACAUGAGCGCAUGAGCACAUGCAUGUUACAUGUUCAACAUCCUUAAGCCUGCGGCCGAACCGCAGCCAAAUCAAGAGAGCUUGCACUCGUGGCGCUUGUCGAUUCUCGGAUGAUGCGAUCUGUUCCCGACCACAAUCAUAUUCGAUCGGCACAUCUGAACCUGCUGCCUAUGCCCAUGCAGCCACAGGUGCGUCAGCCACGGCGCAACGGAGUGCUUGGAGAUAUCACCAACACUGGGCCACUCACUACUGCUGGUGUCAAAGUCUUGGGAUCUGAGAAGCCAAGCCUUCCUUCAUUUGCACAUACGAGGGAACAUGCUCGCUUCAUUCGUCCAGCCUGCGGUGAUUUCAUGGAUGUAGCAAUUGAAGGUGACCCCAUGCAGAUGGAGGACCCUCAACAUGUGACAGAGUAUGUCAAAGACAUCUACGCCCAUAUGGCAUCCAUUGAAGGUGCCUUUCAGCCCAGGCCACACUACUUGACAGAGCAGCGGGAGAUCAAUGCAAAGAUGAGGGCCAUUCUUGUUGAUUGGCUUGUCGAGGUCCACAUGAAGUACCGGCUGAGAAGGGAGACCCUGUUUAUGGCUGUGAGCCUCAUCGACAGAUACCUCUCCCUCAGGCAAGUUGCACGAAAGCGCCUUCAGCUUUGCGGGGUUGCGGCCAUGUUCAUCGCUGCAAAGUUUGAGGAGAUCUACCCGCCAGAGGUCAAAGAUUUUGUUUAUAUCACGGACAACGCCUACACAAAAGAUGACAUCUUGAAUAUGGAGGUUGCAAUGCUUCGGACUCUGAACUUUGAGCUGUGCGGCCCUACUGCAGCACAUUUCCUCGAUAGAUUUGUUCGGGCCAACCAUUGCCCAGAGGAGCAAUCACAUUUGAUGCACUAUUUGGCAGAGCUUUCCCUUCUCGAAGUACAAAUGCUACAGUAUACGCCGUCUCACAUUGCAGCAGCUGCAGCACUUCUGAGCAACAAGCUUCUGAAAUUGCCGACAUGGCCACAGUCCAUGGCACAAUUCAGCAAACAUUCAGAGGCGGAAAUUAAGGCUUGUGCUCGAGAGUUGUGCGGAAUCCUUGAGUCAGUCGGAAGGAGCAACCUGCAGGCCAUCCGCAAGAAGUACUCUCAGGAAGGUUUCGGCCGGAUUGCGAAAGCCAGCUUUGGGACUUCUUGACCGAUGACCGUGCUCCAUAAUUUAACACCCCAGACCAUUCCUCAAUUUGCACAUGCGCAGCCUUUGAAGCGACAUGUGUUUGCAGCGUGCAGCAACCGGCAAAGCCGCCCGUUCAUGCACGGAGAGUGCCAUACGUAAAGUCCUGAUCCUGAAAAGGCUCAAGAAUCUCCAAUUAGAUGUUCAGAUCUCAAAGAUCUGUAGGUCCUGUUUCUCAUGUUCACAAUUCAGUGCAGUUUAGACAGAGCAGCGUUUGCUGCUUGAGGGAGGGAGUUUGUCGAGCAUG